AUGGCACUCUUGGUUGCAUUCUUUCUAUUGACCCUGAUGAGGUCUGGAAUGUCACAGAUGAACAACUCUAAUACAAACAGACCCAUUGGGUCAUUCUGCGGUCGUAACGCUCCAAUGGUUCUUUCGAAUUUUUUCAAUAAUCGCAACUUCGCGCUAUCUGAAAUCAGAAGACAGUUAUCCGGUAACGAUGUUUUAUAUGCUAGAGCACAGAGUUUAGCCGAGGGGGACUCGGUCUUUGGAGCUGCUCAGUGCAGAAACUACCUCUCAACAGCACAGUGUUUGGCCUGUUUUGAUGCUGCUGUGUCUGAACUGACAAGCUGCUUAACCGGAAAUGGUGCUUAUGUUUUCUUCGAUAACUGUUUCCUAAGGUUUUCCCGGAUGUGGAAUAAAGAUAAGUGGCAUAAAGAUUGA